AUGAGAGCAAAACUCAAGAAGCGUUUGUGUAUUGUUGUUAUAGUUCUAGCAAUACUGGGAAUCAUUGGAAUAUAUAUACGUAGGGCGGAAGAGAAGGGAGAACAGAAGUUCUAUCACGCAUUUGGUUCAUUAAUAAGUAGGGCCACAGAGCGGUUACACAAAAAAGGUAAAGAUGGCCGCGAAUCAUCGACCACGGCGCCCCAUGAAUCACAAACAACUAUCCCUCAGACUUCAGGAACAAAUCCGUCAUCACCACCAGCCCAUCCAGAGCCAUCAGCGCCGCCCCUGGAAGAAUUCCAUCCGGAACCAUCAGCACCACCUAUGGAAGAAAUGGAUAUGCCUGAGAAUAUUGCCCCGAUUUCAAAUAGCAGGUCCAAUCAAAACUUCUAUAUAACCCUACUAGGUAAAACAAACAUAAAAUACACCGAAGCCGAUGUUGAUAAUCAUAUCAACUCUCAUAGAGCACCCGGCCUCUAUCCCAAACUACCCCCACAAACCCCGGAUAGUCUUUCAGGGAUAAGAGUGUCUCUAGUAGAGAACCAAGAAGUGGCCCAGUUAAGUAAAACACUCGAAUUCUGCAAGGCCUUAGGCAAUCCUUUUACUGUCUUUUAUCUGGAUAAUAGCAAUAUCCUGGCGCAUAAUGAGUUUAUCACCAAGCUCAACGACCUUUUUAGUCACGGCGACCCAAGAAGCGAUAUAAUAACCCUAUCAUUAGCACAGUGCAGUUUUACAUACCAGUCCUUGGCCUUGGUACUUAGCACGAUAAAGUUCGGCGGCUUAGAAAUUGGUGGUCAAAGACUGAUCUCAGGCCACCCAGUUGCCAGGCCCAUGCAAACCAGCCAAUACCUCAAAUCCCUAACACUUCACAGCAUGCCCCUACAAGAUCUGUGGUCAUUUGCCUCAUGUGUUGACACUUCCAAUCUAUUAUCACUAACCCUCCAAGGGAUUAGUUUCGACAAAUUGGACUCUUCAUCUAUUCCUAGUCACUUUAUCUCCAAGCCAAGGAGAGUCUAUUUUAACGAUAUUAAGGCUAAUUCUGUUUGUUCCUCGAUUCUCAUUCCAUUGGCUAAUGUGCCCGAUGUCAGUAUAUCUUUCGAUGGCGCUAUGCCUAGUGUUACUCCCUUUGCUGACGAAAUCUCUCUCUUCUGCAUUAGCCUUUCGGUUCCCUAUCAGCUGAUCCGUUCCGCUCGUCUUAUUUUCUUAUUAAACGCAUCAUUCAUCAUCACUGCAAAUGGAGUUGAUAGUGGCACUAGUGUUAGACCUAGUAUGUCUUCCAAUGACACCAUUGUCUUUGAGUACACCGCCGCUAGCAAAACCCUACACUUAACCACCAAGAUAGACAGCAAUCUUAUUGACAAACCCAACAAUGCACCUCUAUCAUUCUUUAACAUCAGGGGAGAUGGCAAGAACGUUAAUCUUUUUGUCUGGACUUCUAAAGAACAGGCUAUUUCCAAUGACGCCUUCAAAAUGAGUCUUGAGAACAUGGCUAGCAUACUCGCCCAUCAACUAACAACCCAACUCCACAUCCAAAUUGGAAACAAAGCCACGGCCAGUACUCAUGACGUCGAGAGGAUCCCUAAACUAUUCGGCCAUCUCCAAAAGCUUGCUAUCGAGAAUACGACUUUUGUUUUAACGCCCACCCAGCCCCGCAAUACUCAGUUUGCACACGCACUAGCCCAAGGUAGAUUUGUCUUUGCUGCCAAAACCACCCAUGAUGCAUGGUCAGCGUAUAUCGAGAAGAACAAAGAUUCUGUCUCCGACGCCGCAGUAAGCGAGUGGCUAAACAAUAGCCCAACUAACAACACCUCAAACCUCAAUCAGAAAAUACAAAGUUCCACCAUUAAGUUUACUCCUUUCUCUUAA